CACCGUCACGUGACCAGUACAAGCUUCCCGUUUGGGUUUUUGCUCUUCACAGAAACUGAAGCUCUGAGCUGAGCUGAGCUAAACAUGGAGCUGCUGCUGCUGCUGCUCUGCCUGUCUGGACCACUUUUCUACCAGCUCGUCUGUUCAGCACCGAUAAAAGAGUCCAUUAGAGAGAGACACCUGCAGGAAGGAAGCAAAUUCUGGCAUCUCUCGGACCUGCACUUCGACCCCACCUAUCAUGUCAAUAAAGAUCCCACCAAAGUGUGCUUCUCCUCAAAGGGCGUCCCCGUGACAGACCCAGGACUUUUUGGAGAUUUCAUGUGUGACUCUCCGUACCAGCUUAUUCAGUCAGCUUUCAGUCAUAUGAAGCACGUGGACCAACAGCCUGACUUCAUUAUCUGGACUGGAGACAGUCCUCCUCAUGUUCCAGUGAAUGAGUUGUCCACAGAAGCUGUGAUCAGUGUAAUAAGCAACAUGACUCACACCUUACGUCAGUUCUUCCCUGAGCUGCCGGUAUAUCCUGCACUGGGCAACCACGACUACUGGCCACAGGAUCAGCUUCCAGUGAAGACAAGUACAGUUUAUCAGGCUGUAGCCAAACUUUGGACUCCAUGGCUAAGCCCAGAAGCCCUCGCUACACUGCAAGAAGGAGGCUUUUACUCUCAGCUGAUAAAGCCCGGUCUCCGGCUGGUGAGCCUGAACACAAACCUUUAUUACACACCCAACAAGGUGACCGAGAACAUGACUGACCCAGCCGGUCAGUUCAAGUGGCUGCAGGAUACACUGGAGCUGUCCAAACAGAGCAUGGAGAAAGUUUAUGUGAUUGCUCAUGUCCCAAUUGGUUACCUGCCCUAUGCCAAAAACACCACGGCCAUGUGGGAGCACCACAACGAGAAGCUAGUGGACAUAUUCCGUAGCUACAGUGACAUCAUUCAGGGCCAUUUCUAUGGGCACACCCACAGAGACAGCAUAAUGGUUCUGCUGGAUCGCCAAGGAAUGCCUGUUAACUCCAUCUUUGUCGCUCCGGCUGUGACACCAAUCAAAAGUCCUCUGGAGCCGUAUUCAAAUAACCCUGCUGUCCGCAUGUACCUGUACAACCCUCAAGACUAUAGCUUACAGGAUCUCUGGCAGUACUACUUGAAUCUCACUGAAGCAAACAAGAAAGAAAUGCCCAUCUGGAGUCUUGAAUACAUCAUGACUGAAGCCUUUGGUAUCAAAGACAUUCAGCCACAAAGCCUGCAUGAACUUGCCCUGACAUUCGAGAUGCCACAAAGCAAAGCCUUUCAGAAGUAUUUCACUUACUUCAUGGUAAGUUACAAUGAAACUAUCACCUGUGAAGAUGACUGCAAGAUGGUGCAGGUCUGUUCUGUGCACUUUUUGGAUCGUGAGUCGUAUUCCUGGUGUAUCAAAAAAGGAAGCACAGGUGGAUACCACUUUAGAGCCAAAAACUGAAAAGCACACUCUAUUUCAUUUUUGUAUGUAUAUAGGAUUUUGUACCUGAUCACAAAGGCAAGGAAGUUUAGCUUUUCUUAAAGGGAGUCAAUCAGCUAGGAAAACAACUUUUUGAUUGUGUUAAUAUGCAGUGUUUUAAUAAUUUUUGUUUCUAGACUCAACAAUUUACAUUUACAUAUAUGCAUUUGACAAACACUAAUCUAGUGGGACGUUUAUGCUACAGAUGUACUCUCCAGUGGAAAAAAAUAACCGAAAUGGGCCAAGCCAACAAGUUAGAACAGUAAUCUUUUAAUAAUCCUAACAUUAAUUAAAUAGGCAAUAAAUUAUCUAGAAUCAAAGAAUUAAAUAUAACUUAAAAGCAACUUAAAAUAAAAUAGGCUCACUUUGAUUUCUUCAAAUGUUAAAGUCUUAUGGAUAAACUUGCAUACAGGCUUUUAGAGAUAGAAGAAGCAAUAUUGUUCCACAGCAUUGAUGGCUUCCAUUGCCAAGCUAGUUUGUGUUUAAUCUGAGACCAAAUAUUCUCUAUAGGCUUUAAAUCUGGACUCUGACCAGGCCAAAACUAACAUUAUAAACCAUUGUAUUUUGGGUUUUGCCUGUUUUUUAUUUUGAACAGGAGUGUAGGGCAAUAUAGUGUAAUUAUUGGUAUAGGGAAUCACAUCCAAAUGAGUCUGCUGCAUAGAGGGCAACUGUGUUACUCUCAGUGCUAUACCAAAAAACUAAAUGCCCAACUGAUUACUCAAAUCAAUUUACCAGAGUAUGUCGUUGCUUAGAGCACACACCCCUGCUUUUCUGUAGCUACAAGACUUUUUUGAUACAGCCUUUGGUAGCAUUACGUUUAUCUGUUUCUUUUUCUUGUGAUUGAUUAUGAUGAUUUAUCAGAUGAUCAGGGGUCUGUCUCAUUAAGCACAGUGUUCUUAAAGCUUUAGCUUCUACACCCUCGGUUAACAAGCUUUACAGCAGCCUUUAUUAACAGCUCUAUUCAGGUUUAGACACUCAGGCUGUGAUUAAUCAUAUGCACAUGAAAAUGUAAUGUUUUUGACAGACAGACAGUCACUGCUUAGCAACCGCUCAGCUAUGCGACCGUACCUUGCUUUUAGCUUUCAGGCUUGUAGCAGUGAGUUAGUGUACCUAGUGUGCAGAUAUUCAGAAGAUGUGCUGGUUAUUGUUAUUGCUUUAUGUAAAUUGGGGGAAAAAACAUAAGGGCUUACAGUGGUGCUAUCAUUGUGGUGCUGCACAACCCUCGUAUAACCUGCUUUUACCUGCAUGGUGAUGUGGUCUGUGAUCCACUGUUGUGAGUCAGAAAGUCAGAGGUUAAAUCAAACUAAGUUUAAAGUGAGCUGGCUAAGUAUUAUGAGGCAGGCCCCAGAUCAGUUUACAUGAAAGGAAUAGAUUGUAAUGGUUGUACAAUUUACAGUUUUAUGUCCUUUUAAGCUGGUUUUUUUUGUGACUACCACUGUUUAAUCAAAUCUACUUGCUGCUGAAUUAUUGUUCACUGUAAUUUAGGCAUGAAAUCAUUUGAAAAUGCCAUUUUGAUUCAUCAAGGCCAGAUGUCUCUCCACUAUUGUGGACUGUGCCUUCUUUGCACAAUAAAUAAAAUUGUUGACAACUGA